AUGUUUGAUGAAUAUAUGGAUAGAGACAAUAUACCUAAGAAUGCAUUUAUUUCAUCACCUUCGAAGAAAGAGAAAAAAAAGAUAUCAUUAUCGAAGCACAGAUACAACCACUUUUUGUAAUAAUCACCAAGUCAAUUAUAUUCUCCAGGAUUAAAAAAUAAUCAAUAUAAAGCAGUAGGUAUUAUUGCAAUGAAAAGGAAAAAGAAUUCAGUUCCUAUAAAUGAAUCAGUAAACUAAUUAAUUGAAAACAAUGGUUCCCCUAAACAAAAUGCCAUUAUUAGAGUCAGCAAAAACAAUAAGGAUUACAAGCCAAAAGAAAUGAGAGGGUUGUCUAUUUCAGAUCAUAUUCCAAGAUAAAAAUUUAUUUUUCCGCAAGUUCAAAGAAUAAGUUAAGUGAAAUAACUAUAGUAUGCAUUUCCAAAUUUUAAUGACGAGAACUUCGAAGGAUAUAAAUUAAAAUCUGAAGAGAUGUCAUUUGAAAUUGAAGAGUAUAUGAGAAUGUAAAAACAUAAUAACAAUCGCAAUUUAUUACCAAAUAUUUAUACAGGAAAUUCAUGA